CAGACCGAGCAGCCUUCCACCAACGACCAAAGAGCCAUCCGCGCUCCAGAUACUGGCCAACUCACGGCCUACCAGCACUUCGCCAUGGCGCAAUUAUGCUUCUAGGGUUCAGUAGUUAACACCUACCGCAUGUCAGGCCCCGCGCAGUUUGCCAUAUGCAACCCGAGCUCUGAAUCCUAACUUCGCUCGCACAGAGCGCAAGUCCCUCACCACACUAGGCGCCCUAACAAGCCCCUCCCAUCCAUGUGGGGGUCGCCCCCGCCGGCUCGGGGAGGCACGGUAGCGUCUGGCCGCAGCGCAGGCCAGUUCUCAUUCUACGUCAGCUGCGACAUCAACCUACCGGUGCGGAUCAAAGUUUCGGAGCUUCAGGGCCUCCUUCCAGCCUUCCGCAACCACCACCUUUCCCUCCCCGCCUCCCUUACUCCCGCCGCGGCCGGCCUGCUCCACAACCCAUCCCCCAAUGGCGCAGUAGCAAUUGGCCAUGACGCCACAUGCUCCGCUUCCACCUACAACCAAACCACCGUCAUCGCCACAACCAGCCGCAUCCUAGCAAACUGCAGCAACACCAACCCUCUUGGCAACAGCAAUAACAGCAGCAGCUCCUCUGGUGUCGCCACCAACACCAACACCACCAACAAUACCAACAGUGCAAGUUCCUUGUAUGUCACCGCCCGCAUAACCUCCUUCGGAGACACGCUAGGCCUAGAGGCGCAAACCGGUUUCGCCACCGCCAGGGCACCUCCGCCGCCACAUGCGCCCAACAAUGGAAACGCUGCCGGGGCCGUAGCUGGCGGCGGCGGCGAUAUCGUGGGUAUUGGCGGAGGUGGUGGGCUGGCGGCGGAGGCAGCCGUUGCCACGCUGGCGGGCAAUGGUGGCGGAGGAGGCGAGGGGUGCGACGAGUAUGAAGCUACGGCGCAGUGGGACGAAUGGCUCACUUUCUGCGUCAAGUACCGCGACCUCCCCUCUGACGCCCAGCUGGCUCUGUCCCUGUGGGAGGUGGCCCCGGGUCGCGGUCCGGCGCUGCUGGGCAGCUGCGUGAUGCGGCUCUUCAGCAAGCGCGGGCGGCUCAAGACGGGGCCGCAGCGGCUGAGGCUGUGGGAGGGGGUGCCGCCCUGCACCGCGCUGCCCUCCAGCACACCGGGGAAGGUCCCCCUGGCCCACCGCGAUCGGCUGGGUGUGUUGGAGCACUGGGUGGCUCGGCUGCAGCGGGGGGAGCUGGCGGCGGGGGGCGACUGGCUGGACGCACUCACACUGGGGGAGAUCCAGCGGUUGCGGCGGUUGGACCGAGCCGCCUGGCGCACCCGCCCCGAGCUGCGGCUCACGCUGCUGCUGCCGCUGUUCCCGCACCCCGUGCUGGCGUACCAACAUGUGUCGUACGCAGCUGCGGCGGCUGCAGGUGCUGCUGCGGGCGGGGCCGCAGGCGCAGGGACCAGCGGUAUGGCAGUGGCGGCUGCUGCGGCGGUGGCAGCCUCUGCGGGCAGGAAGGACGCAGCGAUGGGAGGCCUCCUCAUGUCUUCCCCAGAUCCCAGCGUCAGUGGGGGCGGUGGUACGGCGGCCGCUGCUGGCGCUGCUGCCGGGGGCGGCAUCAUCCGCUUGCUGGACCCGGAGGUGGGCCGUGACAACCUGGCGGAGCUGAAGGCGCAGAAGCUGGCUCGCGGGCUGCACGGGGGGGUGCUGGACCGGGACCUCAAGCCCAACAGCGAGGAGCGCAGGGCGCUGCAGGCCAUACUCAAGCUGCCUCCCAACAAGCCCCUCAACGGCGAGCAACGGGCGCUGCUGUGGCGCUUCCGAGCCUCACUCACGCAGGACAACCGCGCGCUCACCAAGUUUCUUCACUGUGUGGACUGGAGCGACAUGGAGGAGGCGAAGCAGGCUGCUGACCUGAUGCGGCAGUGGGCCCCCAUCAGCGCCGCGGACGCGCUGGAGCUGCUGUCGCCCGACUUCAGGGCGGCGGUGGUGCGGGAGCAUGCGGUGGCGGCGCUGCAGCACCACGACCCCGAGGAGCUGUCUCAGUACCUGCUGCAGCUGGUGCAGGCGCUGCGAUACCAGCAG